AUGCUCAAAUCGACCACGAACGGCGCAACGUCGUCCCGGCACCCGACUUCAACGUCGCGCGGUCUCCUUCUCGACUCUGCAUUUCAGACCCCGGCAAACCCACCUCCGCAGUCAGGUUCGCCCGAGCAGUGGCACGCAUACGUCAACGGCGGUGCACAAGUCGAUGACGCUCGGAUGUUGCAGAAGCGUCGGGAGGAGGAGGCUCUCUUCCGGGAGGCUCACCGCAACGGCACGCCACAGCCUGUUGUCACUGAUGCAGGCAAACUGAUCGAGACUUCCCCUCGGAAGCCUGCCCCUUCCAUCUCCAGCAACACUAGUCUGCUCGUAGAUCUUGAUGUUAACACCAGCUACGACGCGCAUCCACUACAUUCAGAACAGGCCUCAUAUGCGAGUGCUGCUCGCACUCGUGCAUCGACGCACGGAGGUUCGGAGUGGAGUCUUCUCGACUAG